AUGUUAGAUUCUUUCUCUGAAGAUUACAAAGAUAUAGUUGUUGAAGCCACCAUUUGCAUGACAAUUGCAAUCUCACCACUACACAAAAAACUGAACUUGAGACUCUUAUUCGCGAACAUGCCCAUGUUUUUAUGUUACCAGGAGCUCCAUUUAGCGGAGUUAACCAUGUCGAACACAGUAUUGAGACUGGUGAUGCUAAACCCCAAACUCAACGCCAUAUUCCCACUCUCCUUUUCAAUUACAGCUUAUCAAACGAGAAAUUCAAAAAAUGGUUGAACAAAACAUUUUAGAACCAUCGACAUCUCCCUGGGGUGCCCCUUGUUUAUUGGUUAAAAAGAAAACGGAACGUGGUGUACAAGUGACCCCCCGUCUUGUUUGGGAGUAUCGAAAACUGAACAAAGUUACAAAACCUGAUGUCUACCCACUUCCUCAUGUGCAAAUGAUUCUUGACCAACUAGGUGGAAAGAAAUGGUUCACUAAGUUGGAUUUUGGCCCAUUCCGAUCACCCCAAAGGACAGAGAGAAAACAGCGGUUAUAACUCAUGAUCAUGUUGGACUUUAUCAGUUCAAAAAACUUCCAUUCGGUUUCCGUAACGCCCCUGCUAGUUUUCAGCGUCUAAUUAACUCCACUUUUGCCGACAUGCUUUUCCAUGCUGACGAAGCCCCUUACCUGUCGACCUAUGUGGAUGAUAUAUAUAUUGUGUCACAGUACCAAAUGGAGCGACCACCUUACCCACCUCGAACGUGUUUUGAAGCGAUGUGAUAAAGUAGGUCUUUCGCUUAAACCUUCAAAGUCCAUAGCCAGGAAAUUCUCGGCUAUGUAAUCUCCAAAGACGGUCGUACGCCAGAUAAAGAUAAAAUACAAGCUGUUGCGUCUUUCCCUCGACCAAUUUGUGUAUCAGACGUUCAAAAGUUUCUUGGACUUGCCGGAUAUUAUCCUGAACACAUACCACAUUUCGCAACGUCCUCUUUUAACCUCCGAAAACUACUCAAGAGUCAAAGUAUUUUCCAUUAGGAAGAUCAAGAACAGAAGGAAUUUGAUUCCUUAUAACAUGCCUUAUGCUCGGACAAGUUUCUUCUUCAUCAUCCCAACUGGGAGCGUAACUUUAUUGUCCAGACUGAUGCAUCAUCUAAAGGCCUCGGAGCCGUGUUAUCACAAAUUGGACCUGACAACAAAGAACAUCCCGUACGUUAUCCUAGUCGAGCUCUUCAAGUUCCAGAGUCCAAAUGGACAACCCGUGAACAGGAACUGUUAGCCCUUAUUUGGGCUUGCGAGACAUUUCAUCGUUAUCUUUGGGGACGUAAAUUUCUUAUUCAAACGGAUCAUGCAAAUCUUCAGUGGCUCCAAGCUGUUAGCCCACAAAAGAGCCGUUUAGCUCGUUGGGCAAUGCGCCUAGCUGAGUACGAUUUCGAAUUGCAACACCGUUGGAGAAAAAACAAUGCAAAUGCUGAUGCCCUUUCCCGAUGUCCAAUUCUUUUGUAUUUUCAACUACUAUAUUGCAUAUGUCUUCUUUUUAAAGUUAUUUUCCCCAAUUUUUGCCCGACUUAUGUUUAUAAUUUGGUCGACUUCAUUUUGACUGGGGAGACAUCUGCCCCAGUGCCCCCCCCCCUCCCCAGCCCUGUCCGGCUAUGAUCAUGACAAAUGUUGAAGUGGAAAAAAACCACAUUAUUUUAGAAAAAAAUUGGGGGGAAAAUCAAACUUAUGAAGUAUUCAAAAUUAUAUAUUACUUGGAAAAAAUAUGAAUAUUAAUUAUAUACAGUACGAAAGUCUUGCAUAUACAAUAUAUGCCAAUGCUGGUUAAGCUAUUGAAUCCAAAAUACACACAUAAUUUUUCGUUUGUUUACUCAUAGAGUCGUAGUCUCAGAAUGUUAAUUGCCAAAUGUGACUACCACACGAUAUUUACAAAUAGAAAAUAUUCGAUUCACGCGCUUGCGAAAAUCAACACUAUUAUAACCCUAUUUUAUCCCUAUUUUACUUUCUAUUUUAUUCCUAUAGAAAAGCUAUUUUAUUUUUAACCCUAUCAUAUUGCUAUCACAUAUACAAAUCCUAUAUUAAACCUAUUAGAACUCUGUUUUAAUUGUAUUUUAUAGCUAUUAUAAAUAGGUUUUUUUGAAACAAAAAAUAGCCUAUUUUAAAUAGAUUUUAUUUUUCUGAAUCGGUGAAGCACAGAUUAAAAUAGGUUUAAAAUAGGAUAAAAUAUAUUUACAAUAGAGUGCAAAAUAGAAAUAAAAUAAUAAAGUAAAGUGAAACAUUGGUGAUAAAAUAGAUUUUAAAUAUACAUAAAAUAGGUUAAAAAUAGUCGAAAAUACAUAUAAAAUAGUGGAUCAACUGCAGUAUAUUAACUAAAAAUAGUAAUAAAAUUACUGCAAAAAUAGUAAUAAAAUAGUUUAAAAAUAUGAAUAAAAUACUGAUAAAAUAGUAAUAAAAUAGUAGAAUUUAAAAUAGUGAUAAAAUAGCGAACAAAAUAGUAAAAAUAUAGUUCAAAAUUCUUAUAAAAUAGUAUAAAAAUAGUAAUAAAAUUGUAAUAAAAUUGUCAGAAAGUAGUAAUAAAAUAGUUAUAAAAUAGCAAUAAAAGAAUAGUAAAAUAGUCAUAAAAUAGCAAUAAAAUAGUCAGAAUGAAGCAAUAAAAUAGUUAUAAAAUAACAAUAAAAUAGCUAUAUAAAAAUAGUAGCACUGCAACAUAGUUACUUUAUAAAGUAAUAAAAUUGCAGUAUGAUAAUUAUAAAACCAGUUAAAAAAUAGUAAUGAAAUAAUAUCAAAUUAGCUGAAAACUAGCAAUGCAGUACCAUGGUUGACAGGUAUAUUAUCGUUUAAAAUUGUAUAAAAUAUAAUACACAUAUAUAAAACAGUUUGUAUUCUUAUUAGCUGUCAAUGCUAUGUAGGUUGUGGCAGUUUAGCGGCGGCGGGGGUGAAUGUGGCAGUUUAAGCAGUGUCAAAUCAAUGGCAUUGUUUACCACAGUCAGAGUUACCGACGUUUGAGUAACUGUAAGGAAUCUAUUACACGAUUGGGUUUCAAAUCAAUUGCAGGAUGAGCAGUCUAAUAGUCUACUAGCAGUUAGACCCAUGCCACCCACCCGUUUAGCAUACACCUCAACGGGUAUUACCCAUAUGUUCUCAAUUGAGAAUAUUCGGUAUUACCCGUGCCAGACUGUCGCCUGCGCUACCUGACGCUGACGCUUUCGUAUAUCAUUAUAUAUAAACCAAUCACAAUCGUCUUUCUAUCACACGUUCUUCUCGAGCUUUGACCUGCCAUAUUUGAAAACAUUUCUAGCAGAUUUUCUAGUCUAUUUGCGAUUCUGUGCAAUGAAAUGGAGAUAGGAAAGAGAACUAGAAUAAGCGACAACCAGAGAGAUAUUUUGGAAAGGUUUUACGGCCGUGGAAUGGUCGGUGGUGGUCUAAAUUAUCGCGAAAUGAUCGAAAGCGCUGUAGCAGAAACUGGCUUAACAACGACUCAAGUUAUAAAGGUAAAUAUAGAUAUCAUAGUGAUGUUAAUGUUGACUAUUUACUAUUAAAGACACUAGAUGACAUACAAAAAUAUACUAAUAUAAACUAGUAUCAGGCCUUGCUUGGAUGAAAACCAAGAUACUUGAUCAAUAGUGCAGCUACUGUGCAUUCAAGGCACUAUUUUCUAUGCACCUACUUAAGCGAGAAUCUACUUCGUAUAUUGUUAUUACAUGCCUAGUUGACAGUCUGAACUUACUGUAACAUGCAUGUUUCUCCAUUGAUGAGUGAAAUUGUCUGGCGUUAGACAAGUAAAAAAAAGUAGAGGCACUGGGCACAUUACGUCUCAAUGGGUUUAAUGCACCUAUAGGGGCACUGGGGCACAUUACGUCUCAAUGGGUUUAAUGCACCUAUCAAUGUUAAGCCCCAGAGGGGGGGGGGGAUGGGCAUAGGUGGGGCAUUUGAUUUUUUGAGCAAAUUUCCAAUCAAAUGCCCCACCGUCGGGCAAUAAAUAUUGGUCAAAUGCCCCACCAUCUUGCAAUAAAAAAUACUAUGUUAAUAACAGUCAUUCGGUUCAAAUUGCCCCAACUCGGGGCCAAAAUGCUAAUCAAAAUCCCCAGGGUGGGGAUGGAAUUGAUAAUCAAAUACCCCACAUAUGCCCGAACCCCCCCCCCCCUCUGGGGCUUAACAUUAAUAGGUGCAUAAUAACUAGAGACAUUGUCAGAUUUUUUGGUUAACCCUUAAAGUGCAGAGCUUUCCCAUUGGCAGUAGACAAUAAAAAAAAGUAGGAUGCACUGGGACGCAUUGCGGCUUAAUGAGUUAAUAGGCAUGCACACACGAUCAAGCGCCUUCCUAGGCUAGACCUGUAGGGGUGCACCAGAAACCAUUUUUUUAAAGUUCCGGCUGGAACUGGAUCUGGCCGGAACUGGAAGAAAGUUCCACUGGAACUGAGUCAUAUGGUCAUAUGUUACUUUGUCUGCUGCCAGACAGUCAGACACUUUCAGUCAUGAAACAGAGAGCAUGCAAAUGUUAGAAUAAAAAGAUUGACUAUUGUUAAACAACAUAAUGAAGUGUAAAUAUCCAUGUGUUUGAGUCAAAAUAGUAUAAACAAUCGAGCCAUUUUAUAGUCAAUUGAAACCAUUGUUUUACCUUAAAUAAAUUGAAAGCUCAAACCUAGCUUAUAUGUCAAACAUAUCCGACUGGAUAUUCUGGCCGGAUGGCAAAAAGCUCUACCUGGUUCACUGGUUCACCCUAGGCUUACUAUCAUUGUCUUGGUGAAGCAAUAAAAUGCAAAUAUUCAGCCAUGAAAUAUAACCAUGUGGUGAUUCAUCAGUUUUGUAUUCUGCUCUUUUAUGCUACAUAUCUAAUAACAAAGUGAUAAAGUAAGAGUAAGAGAAAAGAGAAAAUCACUCUGCAUUGAUAUUGUGUGCUUCAGGAAAUAUAUCUUCAAAAGUGAUAGAACUCUGGCUAGGGCUCCUGUGCAACUAACACUAAACCACAUCAUGAUGCAUGUUUUUUUUCUUUAAGAAGGUCUCUGACCGUGCCUUUUUGUCGCCACCAUGACAAUGCACGUCAAUGCUUUUUGUUUUGCUAAACAGUGUUUUCUUGUAUAUAAAUAUAUAGGAUCCUUGUUAAUAAAAUUCAAUAAAGGUUGAGCAAUUGUUCAUAUAACUCAUAAAAGGGUCAAGAUUGUGCCAUAUGGGGGGGGGGGGGCAUUUUGCACUUGUCAAAUCGUCGGAAUGAGCAUGGUGACCUCAACUUUUUUAUCUGUUUUUAUUAUGAGGAUAUCAUAAACUUCACCCCUGGGAAGUUUCCGCAAAUUCUCAUUCCCAGAACAAUAUUGAUGAAUCACCUAGAAUCUUAUUUUUAUAAUGUCCUUUAGAUGAGUGCAAAGAUUUGAUGUUGAUUGAGAAAAACCAGUUGGCUUCUGCAGCAUGGAAGCUCACAGGUGAAGAUGAGAAGCAAGUGUUCAAGAGUUCAUCAGAUGACCUCGAAUCAUGGCUGUUGGCAAAAACAUGA